AUGUUUGCCCUCUCUCGUCCUCUGGUCCGGGCGUUCGGGGUCAGCCACUCCGCCGCCCUGCGCCUGUCUGUCGCUGACAGCACUGCUACCCAGCGGCGACUCUUCUCCUCGGCCACCUCGCCGCCGCCGCCGCCGCCGCCACCACCGCACGGGGGGGACCCGCUCCCCGAGGGUGCCACCCUUGAGGACAGCUCGACCGCCUCCAAUGCCCGGCCCUCGCUCAGCUCCUUCGAUGUGGUGGGCUCCGGGCCGGCAUACGCGCCGCGCAUCUUCCUGGUCGAUGACUUCCCCGGGGCCAACCGCAUCGUGGUGAAUGGCGUCCAGUUCAAUGGCGUGCCGGUGGUCGUGACGCCGACCGGUGUGCUGGCGGUCCGGUGCCCGAACACCGGCACCUCUCGGAUUCCCACUCACCGGGAGCUCGCACGCGCUGUCGCGGCCCUGGUCCGCCGAUCGGCCCCGGCCCCGGACAUUUUCCUGAUCGGGACGGGUCUGCGGCCGGAGCCACGGCACCCCCUGGUGAUGGCCAUCCUGAAGGAGGUGGCCCAGCCUCCAGGCGGGCGCUUCGACCUGGCUGCCUCGAUCUUCCCCCCGUCCACCCCGGAGCCCGGCGGCGCGGCGCUCCGCUCGAGUGAGAUUCUCAGCUCGCGCCACUGUGCUGGCUUCUACAAUACCCUGGUGGAUGACGGUCGGUCUCCAUUCGCCCUGCUUUUUUCGCCCACCGCUUGGGACCAGUUCUCCCAGCAGCCAUCCGGGGAGGAAGAGGAGCAGCAGCAGCAGCAGCAGCAGCAGCAGCAGCAGCAACAGUAG